GGUUUGUGAUAGGCUACUCUGGCCUCCACAUCAACAGUUUGAUUGUGGCUAAGCAGCAGAACGGAUUAACACAAGUGCCAUUACAAGACCUUCCUCACACCUCUUCGCCCAAAAGAAGCCGCUGGGCUCAUGGCCGCAAAGAGGGCAUCGACGGGCCUUGUGCAAUUCCUCUCAGAUCUGCAUCUCGAAGCUAGCAGAGACUACUCAAUAUUUGACUUUCCCGCCACGGCACCUUAUCUCCUACUCUCUGGCGAUGUGGGUAGUCUAUCCGACUACGACAGUUACCUCGGGUUCAUCUGCCAUCAGACGGAUCGGUACGAGAGUGUCUUACUUGUACUAGGCAACCACGAGUUUCACGGUCUCACGUACGACAAAACACUCGCAGAGGUAGCAAAGCUUGAAGCAGAGCCAUCGCUGGAGGGGAGGCUACAUAUACUCCACCAACGUAGAUUCGAUAUCCCUGGUUCCGAUGUCAGCAUCCUGGGAUGCACAUUGUGGACGAUGGUCCCGGAGGAGGCGAGGGCUGCGGUCGUGGGUAGAGUCAAGGAUUUCCAGCACAUCAAGGGGUGGAGCAUUGAAGUACACUGCGCAGCUCACAGAGCGGACUUGGCUUGGUUGAAGACAGAGUUGCAGGAAGCGGUGGCGCGUGGGAGAAAGGUUGUUAUUGCGACUCACCAUGGGCCUUUGUUGGAGGGGACUUCGGAGCCGAGGUUUACGGGUAGCCCGUGGUCUUCGGCUUUUGCGACGGAUGCGUUGGAGGAACUUGAGUUCAGUCGGGUACGUUGCUGGGUGUUUGGCGCAUACGCAUUUGUCUACGGAUAUGGUGGUGAAGGGUGUUAGGAUUGUGAGCAAUCAGAGGGGAUAUAUUGGGUUUGGGAGAGUUGUGAAGGAGGGGUUUGAUCCUACAAAGACUUUGUCUUUUCAGUAGCCACCUUGCAAACUACUGCUCAGAAACUGAGAAAGAGAAUCUGCGUAACACUAGUUACUUAUCAGCUUGCAACUUGGGAGAGUUGAUUCACUAUGUACGGUAAUUUCAGCCGGGCUGUGUGACAAGUGAAGACAAAGAGUCAAAGUGAAAGGUGAGAGGG